AUGCCUCGGACUAGACUCGGAAAGCGCUCCAAGCAGCGACGUGCCCUAAUCAUCGGGAUCGGUGGCAGUUCGCAGGCGAAGCUCUCCUCCCCGCAUCGAGAUGCCAAGGCGUGGAGGGACCUCAUCGUCGAGAAGUACGGCUUCGUCGAAGACGAGAUUGUUCUGAUGCUCGAUGACGCCGGGACGCCUGAGUAUCUGCAACCUACGAGGGAGAACGUGAUUAGUCAGAUCAAGAGGUUUGUAAACGGCGCAAGAUCCGGAGACAAGUUCAUGUUUUAUUACUCGGGACAUGGAAGUCAAGUUGCUACUGACACAGAGCCCGAUGGAUUUGACGAAGCUUUAUGGAUCAGUGACAAGGUCCAGCCUAUCCUCGACGAUGAACUGAGACUUCACCUCGUGGAAAGGCUUCCACGGGGAUCGUGCAUUACCGCCGUAUUCGACGCCUGCACUUCUGGGACACUUCUGGACCUCGAGCACUACGAAUGCAACAAGGUCUUCCACGAUUUCUUGACGCAGAAUCCCGGCAAGCCGUGCAAGAGUCACUCCGGAUGUUCUUCGAAGCGCCCAAGUCGCACAAGCACACGACGAGCAUCUACCAAGCCACAGCCCACAGGACCGACAGACAUGGGGGAGGAUGUAGCUGACUCCUCGGUGCCAAUGAUCAUCUGUAAAGAGCCCGAGACCAUGCCCCCUGAGCACGAGCCCAAUCGUGAGAGGGGCUCCCCCGGCCCACAACUACGCAUCCACCAGUACCAGCCGAUGAGCCGCGACAUCAUGUUCGAGGUCGCGACGACCGUCGACAAUCUCGCGGUACCUGGAUCUCCGAAGCCUGAUUAUCGCCUCGAUUCUAUCGCGGCCCGCGUCCCUCGCCGCCACUGUUCCGACACCCACCCGCUUCGCCAACGCCAGAAGGCCAAGCGCAAGCGCGCGUCGGACUCCGCGACCGGUACUCAGCCUCCUCCCAAGCGGUCGCUCACCUUCCACAGCUUCUCGGACACGGUGGGCACGCUGGCAAAGGACAAAGUUCUGCAGUUGGUCGACAGCAUCCCCGGACGGAACUUGUAUGAUCAAUAUCUCCGGCGGUGCUCGACUCUGGAGCCGGAAGUCAAGCCCGUUUUAUGCGACGGGAAGUGCCAGGAGAGGGCUGGGAAGGAGAGGGCAAAGGCGCAUGUUAUAUCGCUCACCGCAUGCAGUGAUGGCGAAAAGACCUGGGAAUCAAAGAAAUUCAUGACCAUGACCCAAGUAUGUGACGAGCCUAAGUGCUCGAUCUUCAAGCUUAUGAAGAAGGCCACGGAAGACGUCUUUCAGACCACGCGUAGACAUCGCGAGCUCAUCAAGAAAUACAAGGCGCAAGGGAAGGACAUCGGCGACCUCGAUGAUAAAGAUUCAAUACCCCAGAUCGGAAGCGCUAACCCAUUGCAUCCCAAUGAAUGCUUCAAUUUGAUGCUUUCGCCCCCCGGUUCUCCGCGUCCGAACCGCAUGCAGUCCAUUGAGGACGCUAUGGUCAUCGAUUAUGUGUCCUCGUCUUAA